AAAUUCUUAAACAUGAAUCCCAAAUCAAAGUCUUUAGCCCUUCUCACAUUGAUGCUUCUAUUACUAACCAAAAUAGAGGCAAACACAAAACCAAAAGAAGUGAACAAUGAACAAGUUACCAAAAUGUCAUCAACACCAAACCAAUUGCCACCCAUCACCAACUGCCAACAACGGCCGUGGGUGUGUAGCGCCGGUGAGUUUCCUCCGAGACUUCUUUGUUGCCAAAAUACUUGUGUCGACGUGAGUUCCGACAUAGACAACUGCGGUUUAUGUGGCAUAAGAUGUAGAUUUAACUACCAAUGUUGUAACCGGUUGUGUCUAAACACAAAUAUAAGUCCUUUUAAUUGUGGUCGAUGUGGUAACAUAUGUCCUUUUGGAACUUUUUGCAUUAAUGGUUUGUGUACAACUAUUCAACAACCGGUCCCCGGGACACCUGUCACACCUAUUUUGCCGCCGGCACCGGUGACACCAAUAUUGCCUUCUCCGCCACUAAGUAUUCCACCAAUGAUGCCGCCGGUGACACCAAUAAUUUCGCCUCCUCCGCCUCAAAUUUCGCCAUUGCCAUUGCCAUUGCCGCCGCCAGUGUUGCCUCCGGGGCAAAAUUCACCACUAUCACAACCACCAAUAUUUUUUCCAUAGUAAAAAAAAAAUAAUUAAAUCUACCUAAAAUUCUCAUUUGGCCACCUACAAUAAUAUUAUGAGUGGUAUCUAUAAUUAUUUUCCCUAUUAUUGUUUUUAGAUUUGAUGAAGUGUUGUGCUAUGAA